UGUUACACAACCUAGAACGACAUCCAAAAUCUACUUAUGUGAUCUUCAUAUGAACGAGUGCAUGUGUUUGUGUGUGCGCAGCGGUGCUCUCCCUCCCCUGGAUGCUCUGAGGCUCUCCCUCCAGCUCCAUGAUGAAGCUGUACAGCUGGCUGAGGAGCACAGAUACGCUCACGAAUAUGGAGACACCAGCAUCACCGACAAACAAGAUGACAGUCACAGGAGUGACACCGCCAGGGUUAGCAGGAUCCCUGCCGAAAAGUCUGACGUAGAGGGUAUGGACAGACAUGGUGGUGUCACGAGUGUCAUGAACAGGAAGCAACCUGAAAAUAAGUCCUGUGGAAACACAAACACCUGGCCACAUGUGGUUCCCCUCAUCAGCCCAGCCAAUGACAACAGUGAAAAGCAGCCUCAGCCCCCAGCAUACAGAUCAUUCAGCAGUCUAGGGACUGUGUCCAAUAGGCCCGAGUUGAAGCAAGCAACGCCAGCUAGCUACACCAGUUCCAGCUCUACCUUCUCCGAGGAAAAAACGUCCCGUGCCACUGCCAAGCCCAGCAGUUCACCCUUCCCCAAAGCUCACAUCAAGCUGGACCUCAAAAACAUGGCAGCUGUAGUGAUCCAGCGCCACUGGAGAGGACACAGAGGACGUCAGAGGAUCCAGCUGCGUCCACCUCCAGGAGAGGGGCAAGGAGGAAGAGAGAGGGGAAGAGUAGACACAGGACCCAGCCAUACUGGGUCAGAGCAGAGCCGUCUGGAACCAGAUUACGCUGCAACUGCCAUCCAGGCGGUUUGGAGAGGCUUCACUCUGAGGAGGAGGCUGGCUGCUGCUCUGGCCCAGGCUCGGGGCUUCAACCCCGGGGAUCACGAGGCCUUCGAGGAGGUGAACGUGGAUGAAUUUGUCUUUGAUGAGAUGGCACUAGAGAGAGACUGGAUGAUGACUUCGCUGCUGUCUGACGAUUCACCUCCCAAAACCCUCUUUCAUUCUCCUCCAUUCCCAGACCAGCUGCUUGGUCCAAAGCGUCCUCUGAAUCUUCCAGAUGCCAACCAGCAGACCAGCCCACCUGUUCUUCUGUGGAAGCCCAAGCAGGCCUGGAUGGGUGGGGAGAGAGCAGAGCCUGCUGAGCAUAGAGUUUCCCUUGACAGCAUCAGCAGAACUAAAUCUCCUGUCUCUGCGUCAGGGCUCAGUGGUCUUUCUGAGAGAUCUCCUGCUUCUGUGUCAGGGCUCGAUGGUCUUUCUGAGAGAUCAGAGAAGAUUCUGGAGGAGUGGGGGUUCAGAGACAGCCACACUGCUCUGAUGAUGCUGAAGAGAGCUCAGAAGAUGAAGUCUAAGAAGCAGAGGCAGAGAAAACUUUUGGACCCAACUGUACGCCUGGCCCUUUUCAGGAACCAUAGCAACCAGCAUGCCCCUAUGGAAGCACCAAAGAAGCCCUCUCCAGAGAGGAGAGACUACAUUAAAGCUCACCAGGCAGAACUAGCUCUGGAGGGAACAGGCAGAUUGGACCAAACGUGGUUAAACCAGCAAGCACCAGGGAGGGUGGACCAAAUACUGUUGAACCAGGACGCAACAGAGAGAGUGGACCAAACACUGGUGAACCAGGAACGCACUUACCAGUGGCUCCACACCCAGCCUGUGCACUCUGACAGCAGACGCCCUGAGAGUGAUGGUUUCCUCCCAGAGAUUGACCCAGACAUACUGAAAGGAGGCAGAGUGCAGCUCGUGACUGUAGCAGGGUACAGAGAAGGUCCAGACCAGGCCCCAAUGUCGCGGGCCAGCGGAACGUCAACCUCCCCGCCUCACAAAGAACACAAUCAAGCUCGGAGAAACUUUAUGGAGCAACUAAACAAAGAAGCACCUUCUCCCCAAAGAGUGACCUCUGCCUCAUCUAAAAAGGAGCGCAUGUCUUUCCGGGAUAACCCUGUCCAGAUGAGUGGUGGCUGGGGAGGGGGCAAAAAAAGGGACAAACUGCACAAGUAACAAGACAUGUGUUAAUUACCAAGAAACUGGUUUAGCUUUAUUCACUGUAUGUCCAAAACAGUAAGCAUUACAACCAUUAUUCUGUUCACAGUGACUUUUUGACAGUCCCAUACAGUAUAUGCAUUAUGUUGACAUUUCAUUCUGAUGUGCAACGUUUUACUUUCCUCCCCCCAAAAGUUUUGAUUGUCAUUAAUCUCCUAUGCUAAAAUUCCUUGCAGCUGCCUUUUCGCUCUCAGAUCGGGCUCGGCCUCUGUGGGUCUUCUGAAAAUUAAUUAAAAGCAAUGGGAGAAGCCCAGCCCAAAUAUCUGCAGGCGUUUUCAUGCUGGUCAUUAUGCAUGGAUAUCACUGCCUUAAUGCGACCUCAGCCAACACCGGAACGCAUGGAGCGAAGUCCCAAAACGCUCAACAAAUCACACGCUUAAUAUGCAGACAAUGGUUGGAAAUAAGAAACAGAACAUUUCUAUUCUAAUUGUUAGGAUGUUUGUAUUUUGAUUUGAUUUAGAUUUAUUUUACAAGCUUUCCAGACCGGUCUCUGCUGCUGUGGUAUUUGGUAAAAAAAAAUAUAGAACUUAGAAUUGGGUCCCGUGUGGCUGAGUUGGUAGAGCAUGGCACUUGCAACACCAGGGUUGUAGGUUUGAUUCCCACGGAGGACCAGUAUGAAAAAAAAGUAUGAAAAUUUAUGAACUCACUACUGUAAGUCGCUCUGGAUAAGAGCAGCUACUAAAAUGUAUGUGCAGAAGGUGUUUUAUCUUAGAUGUUGCAUAUCUAAGAAAAAAAUUGCUUUUUUUUUUUUCUUGCUUAAGUUGAUGAAGUGGCACUUUUACUCAGUUGUUAAUAAUCAAGGUAAAUACAUUUGAGAUUCUAAAAUAAUGAUUAAAUUCAAGUUUCUUUUUUGAUUUUACUAUCAUAGACACUGAGUGUUCAAAACAUUAGGAACACCUGACAUAGGUGAAUCCAGGUGAAAGCUUUGAUCCCUUAUUGAAUUUUUUUUAUCCUCCCUUCACUUUCAUAUUUCUCUCCCUGGUCUCUGGUUGUGUUUUGACUGUAUUCAGCCCAUCAGGAAUUUAGUCUACAGACAGGACCAGUGCUGUAUCAUGACUAGUGCCAGUUGUGCUGGUGGUGGUCCUGCCCGGCCCAUUAGGACUGUUAUGGUUUGUCACUUGUUAAAUCCACUUCAAUCAGUGUAGAUGAAAGGGAGGAGUCAGGUUAAUGAAGGAUUU